AACUUCACACUGCUUCGUAUUUUGUUUUGGGAAGUUCGUGGAGUAAUUUUGUGGUCAGAGCACAGCAAAGCGCCUCAAGAUGUCCAAUCCGGAGACCACGCAGGUGAUGUCUCUGCCCCUCCCACCCAACAACUACGUGAAUCUCUACACGGAUGAGCACUUGCGGAAGAACAGGGCACCCAAGCCGCCCAUGCCCAUCAUGGACACAUACUCGAUGUUCGGGAACACCUUCAACAAUGACGACAAUAUCAUCCGUCCGCUGGAGACGCAGGGUUUCCGGAGACUCUACCCGCAGCACUUUGACCGCAAGAAGGAGCUGAAGAAGCUGAACCACUCCCUGCUGGUCAACUUCUUGGAUCUCAUUGACUUUCUCGUGCACAAUCCCGACAAUCCGCGGAGGGCCGAGAAGGUCGAGGACCUGAGCUUACUGUUCGUUCACAUCCACCACCUGCUGAAUGAGUUUCGGCCCCACCAAGCGAGGGAAACCCUCCGAGUGAUGAUGGAGAUGCAGAAGCGGCAGCGAAUCGAGACAGCCCAGAGAUUCCAGAAGCAUCUGGACAAAGUGCGGGAGAUCAUCAAAAACGCCUUCAGUGCGCUCCCGGAUCAGACGGACGAAGACAACAAGCUCAUCGUUCCGGUGGAGCUGAUGGACUUCUCCUCCGACAACGCGAGCAGCGACAGCAAUCAGGAUCACUGCCACCCGCUGGAUAGACUAAUGUGCAGUAUUGUGGAUAGUAUGUAGAGGAGAAAGAGAGUAUUUUAUGCGAGGAAAAUAUUGAAAAACUAUUUAACACGAAAACCUCCACGGACUUUCGCACGACCAGUCGCUGUCGACCAGUUGACGCGUGUACUAAAAUGGAGGGGCGGGUGUGC